UUGGAUUAGCAAGAACAUUUAAUUAGCUUAAAAUCCCUAUCGAUGGGCAGUUAUUGUUAUUUUUAAAACACGAGCUACUUAUUGUGACAUGAACAUUUGAAAGUAAAUAAAGAAAAAGUAGAAAUGGAGGUGUCUGGCCGGACAAAAACAUCCGGGAAAACGGACAUUAAAAACGAAAUCCUGUGUCAGCCAUGUAAAGGAGAAGGUGACGAAGUACCAGCGGAAGGAUACUGCGAGAAUUGUAAUGAGUACUUCUGUACUUCUUGUCUCAAGUUUCAUCGAAAAAUGGCGGUGACAAAGAAUCACGUGAUCAGAUCUAAAGACGAAAUGCCGACGACACAAGUUCAGGUCGAUCCGUGCUUGGAACCAUGUGACACCCACAAGACGGAAAUAGUUAAGUAUUUUUGUCAAGAACACAAUUCGGUUGGUUGUGGUGAUUGUAUGGUCAUAGGUCAUAAAGCGUGUAAAGUGCAACUGGUUUCUGAUGUAUCCGGUAACAAAGACAACAGCGGAGAAAUCGAAUUGAUCAAACAAAAGAUAGCGGAUAUUGAGAAGAAAAUAACGUCUGUUCAGCGGGAUAUAAAAAACAACAUAAAAACUGCAGAAGAAAUGAAGACUAAAAUAGUAGAAGAGAUCAAAGUGUUCCGUAAUGAACUUAACAGUUACUUGGACCAAGCUGAAGUGAAACUUUUAUUGGAAGCUGACCAAAUGCAUGCUAAAGAUGUCUCUGCGAAAAAUGAGCUUCUGAAAGAAUGCAAAUCUAUUGAAAAAGAAUUAAAUGCAUUUAAGCAAAAGAUACACCAGUACGCAAAUAAGAUCAACAACCUGUUCGUGACAAUAAAACUUGCAGAGAAAAGACUAGAGACAUGUCAAGAAUUCGCUGCAAGUAUAGUGGCUUCGAAAAGCGUACACAGCAGCAAGAAUACAUUUGAACCCUCCAAAGAACUACAAGCUCUUAAGGCAACACGAUCUCCGAUCGGUUCUCUUUCUACGUGCGCUGCCCAAAUCAAGAAAAGUGUAGAAAAUAUGAAAGCUCUUUUUGUGAAGGAAGUUUAUGUUAGAACUGAAGGUAAGAAUGAAUGCUGGAUAACAGGAAUGGCUUUAAUUUCAUGCAAUGAACUACUGCUCGCAGAUUCCAGCGGUAAACUGAUAACAGUUCUAAAUGUAAAAGAAGGCAAGUUCAGUUCAAGGUAUACUGCGCCCAGUAGACCUUGGGACGUAACUGUUAUUAAUGCAGAUAAAUGUGCGGUAACUUUGCCGGAUGAAGGGAUGAUUCUUUUUCUGAAUAUGAAAUUUGGAUUGUCCAAAAGUCAUACUCUCAAAGUACGGACCAAAUGCAGAGGAAUCGAUCACAUGGAUGGUAUCCUUGCACUGUCCUUUACUUCACCUAUUAGUAUCCAGGUACUAACCAUGAAAGGAGAUAUGUUAUAUAUCAACAACGAUAUAAAUUUACAGUUUCCAGGCGAUAUAGCGUGGAGAAGUCUCGAUGUAUCGUUUAUUUGGAUCACUUGUAAAUGA